UCCCCGGGUCUGUGUGGCAUGCCUUUAGACAUCAUGCAAGCGAGCCCGCGCAGUCUGCCUGUCUCUCCCGCAGGCAGCCUGGCCAGCAGCGAGGAGGAGGCGGACAGGCAGCAGAAGCGGUACGAUAGCAAGAGGAGGUACUGUAAGAAGGGCAGCGAGGACGGCAGCCCGAACCCCGGCAAGAGGAAUAAAAAAUCGAGCCCGAGCUCGCAGUCUUACGAAGAAUUGCAGAGCCAGAGGAUUCUGGCGAACGUGAGAGAGCGCCAGAGAACGCAGUCGCUCAACGAGGCGUUUUCCUCCUUGAGGAAAAUCAUCCCCACCCUCCCCUCGGAUAAACUCAGCAAGAUCCAGACCCUCAAACUGGCCGCCAGGUACAUCGACUUCCUCUAUCAGGUCCUGCAGAGCGACGAGAUGGACCAGAAAAUGACGAGCUGCAGCUAUGUGGCCCACGAGAGACUGAGCUACGCUUUCUCCGUGUGGAGAAUGGAGGGAGCCUGGUCCAUGUCGGCUACCCAUUAGCGUCCAAAACGGCGUUUAAGGUCGUUGGAGCCCUCGGUGGGGCUGGAGUUCAGUGAGAAUCCUUCCCUUCCCUUCCUACAGACGGCCAGGAAGAAAUCUCAUCCACAUCUCAACCGAUGCUCCCUGUGAACUCUCAGAAAGAGUCCUCCUAGACUGCACAGUAACUCGAAAGGUUCCAACAAGAAGAAGCAAAGAAGUGUUUCUUUUUCUAACACAGAAAACAAAACAACAGACGAAAAAACAUCGCCCGGCAGCGCGAGAUAAGUGUGCGGUCAAUCUCUCGGUAGUGACAAUGUCUGCACUCAGGACGGUCGCUCCGAAUGGACGUGUUGGGAUCUUUCCAUACCUUUAUGCUUUAGAAUUUCUAAAAAAAAAUAGUCGUUUUCUGAGGUUAAUCGUCGAGACAAUUUGGACCAAGACAGAUCGAGAAAAGCAAAAAUACGAGAGAGAGAGAGAGAGAUUAAAAUAUCGGCACUUCUGGUCACUGCAUGCUCGCCCUCAGUAACCCUGGAAUAUGCAAAGCUUCAUUCACACUGUUAGCCCUUCUCUAUCGCGUGUAAAUCUUGCUAGUUUAUUUAUUAAAGUUUUGCCACCGAA